AUGGCAGGCGUGGAGCGAGUCGUUUCAAUCUACAACAAUAACCAGCAGCCCCAAACAAUCCCGCCGAUGAAACUGGUUAUCUACGACGACUUGCCCAGUCCAAAUGAUGCAUAUCCGCCCUCUCUAAGCAUGUCCAAGUGGAUAACGGAGGGCAGGGACCUCGCGUCCAAGUCAAAUACACGGAAGAGCCUGCUGAGCAGGACGAUGACCCGAAACAGGCGUUCGAAAAUACGCAGUAUCAGCGCGCCAACGAAUUUCAGGCGAGUUACACAGCCAACUAAUCGACGUCUCUCUUUUCGACCUUUGGAAUUAAGCAUAUAUGCACCUGGAAACCAUCUUCCAGAUUUACCUGAAUUCAGCGACUUCGACCUUGAUGGUCCACAGGUCCCUCCCAGGGCAAUAUGGUCUCCGACUUUUAAGUCUCAUCACCGCCGCUAUUCCGACACUCCUUCGACAUUUAGUGUUCCUCGCAAACCAGUUGGUUCUCCGAGAACCAGGUUAUCUAGUAUCGGUGACCAGGACGAUUUUCUUGGGCACCGCAGUACACUUUCCGACUCAGGGCUAUCGCAACGCAUGGCUUCCUCCUCAAUAAGCAGGAUCAAUAGUCGACGGGGUGCACUUCAUAGCCGAACGCAAAGUUCACCAGUCACGAGUCCCUUGUCGCCUACUAAACCCAAUUUCAACGAGACGACGCCAUCUCUGGGUCACGCCAAUUCGCUCUACUCCCCUGCUCCAUCGUCACCUUUUACCUCCAAGCGUCGAACAUACGACAAACGAUCCGCCAGAUCAGCAGCUCCACCGUUCUUCAGCUACCACGUUACGGCAGCUUCUCGAAGGUCACACUCGCUUGCAAGCUCUAUGACUUCAGCUAGCACCCUGUACCAGCCAUCGCCGUUUACGCAACUCAACGAUAAGGAGUAUGAAUUCGCAAUCGAUCAGGUUCUGAAAAGCAGAACGCAGGCGCCGCGUUGCGAUGAAGUGUAUCCGACAAUAUACGAAAGUGAACAAUAUCACUUUAGCCCAUCGUCGCCAAACUCCCCAACUAGAAUAUUUAUUUUCGAUACCCAAUAUCCCCGGCGUGCCUGCUACGUUUUGUUCGGGUUCGACUCUGGAGGCAUGAAGAUGGAUAUACUGCUGUAUGGGGGUUAG